GAGACAUCCACCUCAAGCUGCUUCUGUUUUCGAACCCCAAUGACGGAACCGGCGCGACAAUUCAUUUAAAGACCCGGCACUCGUCAGAUGGCCGAUGCACCCCGUCCUCCCUCACCCUCAUGAGCGAUGAUCUAGCCGUCGAUACUUUCCACUGCAGUACGACGCCGCGUCCGCCACGAUGGCAGCUGCAGAUGGAGACGUCGAGCAGUCGCUCGCGACCAAGACAGCGACGCCAAUCGCACAGCUGGGCCCAGAACUCCCCGACCAGGAGACUCGAAAACUACACGGCGAAGUCACAAUCACUUGGCCCUUCAGCUCUGUCAGCAAGAGCGUUGCCUUCCUCGUCGCCGAGCCAGACUUCCGAUUGCGACGCGACAGAGGCCAGGUGCGCGUGCAACUCAACGGCCCCAGCGCCGAGGCCGUUGGGGCUCUGGAGCUUGGGAGCGGCGACGAGGUGACAUUGGGUCUGGAAGGCGUCGAGUGGGCUAGAAACGAGGAACCUGCCCGACCACCAGGCUCCCGGUCAGACUGGCAGUUGAAGUUCGUGGGAAAGCUUACGCUCAAGGUCACGCUUGGCGAAUCUCAAGAAACAAAAUUCAUCAGCAUAGACCAGCCUGACCCUACCGAACCCGAAGAGCAGCCUGAAGAGCCCUUCGAGCCCAUCCCCUUCGCCGAGAUCGACACCACCCUCUUCGACGAUGAACCCGUUGCACAGAAGAGCGCUAGACCUGCGGUCAAUGAGUACCCCUCGCCCGUAUUUAUAAAGAGGUCGAGAGCUUCCUAUGCCCCUCUAUUUGAAUUCGACCUCGACGAGGAGUUGGAGGCUGAUGGAGGGAGGAGGGGCAAGGGCCGCAAACGGCCGAGGUAUUCUGUGCAGAACGGCAGGUGGAAGUACCGAGAGGAGAGCAGUAGUCCAGAGCCCGAGAUAUCGGAAGACUUUUCCGGGCCUCCUGCGCCAACAGAUGGUGAUGUUGUCAUGCCCGACGCACCAUCGAAGCCCCAGACCGCGGACGGGGCUUGUCAAACUGUCGAGCUGGAACUUCUGCCGCCACCGAAGAGUGUAGAAGAUACGCCAACCAGGGCUCCUGGCGGGGCACCACCUUCGUCGCCGCCCUUGAGUGGCAGGCUACCAGCGCAAUACACGGGUGCCACCACAGACACGGGCGUGCAAGCUUCGACGUCGAGCCUUCAUGCUGUGGGCCUCAGCCAACAGCGGCCACCUCCUACGGCGGAGCGACCCAUAGCCAGCCUCUUCGAGCCACCGCCCAGCACUUCCGGAUUCUCCGAGUCCGAUGCAAGUUUUCAAGCAGGCUUUGGGAUACCUCAAAGCGUGUCUCACCCUACGCAAGAUCAUCAAAGGACAGAGCCGCCACAGCAUCUUGGGCGGCACGCGGUGCCUGUUCAGCCUCACCUUGGACAGCCCACCCAUUCUCAGUCUAUGUUUGGGCAAUCUGCAUUUGGUCAGAACGUCUUUGGUCAGCCGUCGAGUUUUGGUGCUGGAUUCGCCACCGUGGGAGGGCCCACGACGGAGUCGGUGAGGUUUGGAUUCGGCGAGCAACCGCAAUCUACAUUUGGUGGUAUGCCAUACGCAUCCUCACAGACGCCAUUCAGUCAUCAGGAGGCUCACCUUCAAUCAGAGGCAUACCCUGACCCGCAGCAAUCACCGGCUUCCGCGUCACCACCUUCGCAUCGUUCCAGCGAGCAUGUUAUGCAGGGUAUUCAAUCCAACCAGACCAUGCACGAAACUCAUACCCAUGUGUCUGAGCCUCAGAUUGGCAGCAGCGGCGCGCCACUAUGGGCAGCGGGGCCUCAACUGUCGGGCCCAUGGCACGCCCUUGGCAAUGUUCACAACCCUGAGGACCUACUGUCCGACAGUAGUGCGCCAGUGGGAACGCCUCCUGGCAUGAUUCCGCCAGGAGUUGAGGAUGGAACCAGAAAUCAGGAUGAGAUGAGAGAGCAAGGAAUUCUAUCCCAACCAGUCUUCGAGCAAGGUGUUCCACGGGAGGCCCUCCCGCAUGGCCGAGAGUCUUCGGCGGACGACGAAGACUCGAUGGACAGCGACGAGCGGGCAGAUUACGACGAGGAUGAGAAAGGCGACGACUACGACAUGAGGAACUACAACCGCAUUUCCGACGAUGACGAUGAUUUCGAGGACGAAAAGCCAGGGCCUUUGCCAGACGAGGAUUUGUUAGAAGAGGACGAAGAAUUCGAUGAGGACGAAGAGGACUAUGACGAGGAGGAGGAUUACGAGGAAGAUGAACCCGUACACCAGAACACCUAUCAGCAGCCCAUACUGCAAAGGGCUCCGCUCCCUCAGGCACCGAAAGAGCCCGUCGUCAUCGACCUGCUCUCUGACUCGGAGGACGACGAAGCACCAGCGCCUCCGCCGCCGAAAAGCCAGCUUGGACGCCAACAAAUGGACGGGAUUGUUAAUUCCGAGCCCGAAAAUUUCCCCAGAGGCCAUGCGGCGGUAGGUUCGGUAGCGCCCACUCUUCAACAUCGACACAUACCCGCUCAGUCGGAGCAAGAAUCAGACGGAUCCCCAGAGGGAGAGAUCAACGACUUAGAGGGUGAAGAAGAAGGCUCGUUCGUUGACGAGGAAGAACUCAGCGAACCUGAGAACGACGAAGCAAGCGAAGACGACGGUAAUAUGGAUGUAGAUAAUCCAACUCAUGCCGAGGUGAGUGAUGACGUGGAACGAACCAGCGAAAUCGAGGUACCAUAUUCCUCAACCGCCAGCGCAUCGCAGGCGGAAGGGGCCAGUCCGAGCACCGGUCAGUCACGUAGACAAAGCCAGCUCGGUGAAGGCUCGAAUAUCGAGGGGGCUGCUGCCAAGGUGGAUACCACUGUCGAAAAUACACAUGAUCAAAGAGUGGCCGGGCUUGUGCUCGAUAAAGAGGUUGAUGAACUGAGUGAGAAUCAAGACGAGGCAGAUGAAAGGGUUGCACACCUUCAACCGGAUCCGAUCGAACUGGAUGCGACCUUCCGUGCGCAAUCGAGGGACGUAGCUGCAUCUUUUGAGACGCAAGUCAUGGACUCGGCUGCGUCUAACAUCACCUCUUCGUCACCUAGACGCGGACCGAUAUCAGAGGACUCGCACGCUCGCUCGGUCGAUUUAAAUGCGUCGUUCCAGACACAGACUGGAGACGUAGUUGGGUCUUUCCAAUCACAAGUGCUUGAGCCGCACACUUCGCUUGAUGUCUCAUCUUCGCCACACCGGCAAGGACUCGAUUCAGUAGCGGCAGAGGAUACCUUGAUGGAUGAUGGUCAAAACGACGGCGCAGAUGAUAAAGGGACCUCUGAGUUUGGGGAGGAUGCCUCUGGACAAGACAUGAGUGAGGAGAGGGCAGAACAGAUAUCGGAUCGGGAGCCCGAAGUCUUGAACGAGAAGCGUGAUGGUGCAGGUACAACAGGAUUGGAAGUGACGCCCAACGUCCGAAACGAGACGUUGGAAUCUAAAAGCUUCGAAGGCUCUUCAGAUGAACAGGAAGAAGCACCUCCAUCCCCGCCUGAAUCUCAACAUCGGGAAGGCCCCGUGACUAGAUCUAUGGACAUUUCCAUGACGACGGUCUCGAGCCACGUUGAAACGCAAGUCACAGACGAGAAGGGAGCGGCCUUCCAGACGCGAGACAAUGAAAACGUGCUCAUCCAACCAGAUGGGGCCGGAGGAGAUACGGAGAUGACCAACACAGACGACAAGGUUUCGACAACAGCGGAUCAAGCAGUGCCUGGCACAGGAGAGCUCGAAAGUGAUUCCGAAAGUGUUAAGAAUGGACGAGCGGCAUCACAUGACGAGGCACCUCUUGACGACCAGGACGAAGAUUUCGCCAUGUCGGAAGCCAUUUCAGAACCACUCGGGAACGAGAUUGUUGCAUUUUCGUCCCCGCUACAACAGAGCGACUCAGAGGAAGCAGGGGAGCCGAGGAGGAUUGAUCUUCUGGGGAAAGAAGCUGCUACGACUCUCAGUGACGAGGAAGAGUUUCAUGACGCCUCCGAGCUCCUUCAGGUGGAGGAGUCACCCAGCGUGGCGCACUUUGACGAUCGUGCAAGUUUCGUCACAGCCAACUCACAAGCUUCCGAGUCGAGGGAAGCGGAGGAUGCGGAGUCUCCCUCUGUGCGCAAAUCAAAGCGUAGCUCUCGAAUUCGCGCACUCCGUGAAGAAUCCAACAUACAAUUCGCCAAGUCGUCGCGUGCUUCGAAUCGAAAUUCACGUAUACCGCCCGACCAGUCGCCCAGUCCGCGCACAACGCGCAGCCAGACCAUGAGUUUCCAGCAAGCUGCGAGCCCGACUCAUGAACAGGAAGAUAUGUUCGCCCGCGCUGGCCUCAGGUCUCCGUCGCGGAGGAAGGUCUCCGCCACGUCGGCCAACAAGACAAAGAAUGACCUGAUCAAGCGUCUUGGGACCGAGAUGCCUGAGUGCGCCCCGCUCAAGGACCUCAAGUCCUACAAUAUGAACACCCUUGACGUCGCGGCUGUUGUUACCAGCACGAACACGAUGCCACAGCGCACCAAAGCACGGCAAUACGUCUCUUCUUUCACCAUAUCCGACCCGUCUACCGCCCCUCAGGGCGCAAUCGAAGUAUCCCUUUUCCGCGCCCACAAAGACUAUCUGCCUGUUGUGAAGCCAGGCGACUCUAUCCUUCUGCGUCGCUUCACGGUGACAUCGCUGCCUGGAAGAGGCUUCGGGCUGAGGACGGAAGACGAGUCCAGCUGGGCUGUGUUCAACGCCGAUGGCAAGGACGCGGCGCCUCAGGUUCGAGGCCCACCGGUCGAGCUGAGCGACAAGGAGAAGAGCUACCUCGUCGACCUGAGAGCAUGGCAUGCGGCGCUGGAAGAGGGUGCGAAGGAAAAGCUGGCAGAGGCUGUCGGGGAGUUGGUACAGAAAGGGAAGGACAGCCGCGGGGAGCAAUGAUGCACUUUGGAAGGGCUUGGCUGAGGGCGUUGAGGCGCAGCAAGUGGUUCCCUGCUGGCCCCGGAAGUCGGCUGUGAAAGGCGUACGCAUGAUACCCAUCGGCGGCAACGAAAAAUGAUGUUUGGUCGCUUUGUUUGGAGCGAUUAGCCUUUUUCCCGAUCAGUUUAGGUUAAAGCAUAGGCAUGUUAGGGAGAGCUGGCAACAUUAAAGGAUCGUGUGCAGGAUAAUGUGUACCUUUUUCUGUGAGAGAUGCAAGACAAUUGCUCCA